AUUAGUUAAAAAAAAAACUGCAACUAGUAUUUCCAGUAACGUUUCAAUACAGAAAUAACUAACCCGACACAUAUUACAUACUUGUCCCUAUAGGCAUAAACAGUUUACACAGAUACAGCACACAAUUAACAUAGCAGUGCGCAUAGGCUAAAUAAUUAGCACAAAAUAAACAUAUGUAGGUAGGUGUACACUUCCAUGCCACUCACACAAGGCAUCUAGUAGCGUCCCCUGGGUGUGUUUUCCUUGUGUAACGUGUUACUCCGGACCUGCCCCUCCCAGGAAUCUCCUCUCCCCGUGCACCUUCCAUACUACUUUUUGUUUACCUUUGUAUCUCUAUGAAGUAUAUGGCCGUUCAUUCGGUUUCACUCUAGCCGGGCUCCUGAUACGGAUGUGAGAUGCAGGAACAGGACAGCACACAGAGGAAUUUAUAUAUCAGUCAUUUAAACAAAUGCCUAAAAAACAUUCACCAGGUACUAACGAAGGCCAAUGACAUCUUAAGCAGUAUCAGUCAGCCCUCUGUAUGCAGUGAGGUAUUGCUUUCUCCUGAAGGAGCAAAUUAUAUAUCAGGGGUGGUGGAAGUUUACAGAGUGUCAAAAAGAAUAGAAGGAGGGAUGACUGCAUUUAACAUUGUCAGUGAGAGUCUUCAACCAGUUCUCAAGGACAUAGAUUUAUCCUGGAAUAACCUACAGGCUUUUCUAUCUAUGUCUCCUUGUGUCCUACAUAGGCUGAUAGCUCGUCUAGAUCUUUCCGUAGACUUAUUGCCAAUGAUUUUUGUGAAAUAUUGA